UUUUUUAUCUUAGCGGUUAGCUGUAUGCAUACAGGCCAACCUGAAGCAUCAGGUUUAGAUGCACCUGAAGGGAAAACUGAGCCUGAAGCAUCAAGUUCAGCUAUACCUGAAGAGAAAAUUAAUGUCACACCGAAGGAUUUAGCGAUUAUAAAAGAGGCGUUCGAGGUUAUUAGAAAAGAGAUGUCAAAAGUGUACAACCUAAGAUUUAUAGUUGAAGCAAUUGGAUAUAUUGAUUAUUACGAAUACAUGGGUGACAACUUUGAAGAGUGGGAUUUUAUAAAUUCAUACUAUAAGAUACAACACUCUAGCGAAUAUUAUUCCAUAACACCAGAUAUAUUUCGUGAUCUUUUUAUUAUACAUUGUGAAAAAUCAGGAAUGCCUGUUGCAAAAGUUGCUGAACAAAGAAAAGCCGCAAUGGUUGGAAAGGAAGGACGUUUUACGUUAAAUGAAAAAUUGAGUGAUUACAUCUACCAAAAAAGAAAACAAAAAAAAGUUCAGGCGGAGAUUUCUAAAAAAGUUUCAUUCUGAAAAAUAAAUUAAUAUGUCUAAUAAUGUUAUAAUUUUUUUUUUAAAUCUCAUAAAUUGUUAUUAAAGAAUUGUUUCAAAAUAUAAUAUGUCAUAACGACUUAUAAUUAUUCCAAAAUCUCUGUUUCUUUUCAAAUAAACACCUAUUACUUACUAA